CCUUACCUAGAGGAGAUGGGAUCUAAAAAAAACAAAAACGUAUCUACACUUUAAUGAGUAAACAUUCAGAUUCAUAACUUGGCAGCUAAAAGGUUAAGAGUCUCCACCCUCUGUUCCACAGACAGUCCAUUACUAGACACAUUUCAUCCUAAGCAGCACUAAAGGUAUAGCCAUAACCUCCAUAGAGAGCUUGGAAAAGCAUUAGAAGCUUCUGCACUACUGCCCAGGGAGACCUUUUACCAGGCGUCUAUGGACCGUUGUCUUUGAAAUGGGGCUACAGAACUUCAUCGUACCAUGGAUUUUCUAUUUAACAUGUGAAGUGACCAGCGCUGGUACAGAGAACCUAAGUCGUAUGCAGAAGCAUAACCUGGAAUAUACCAUGAGCACCACCAUAAGUAAUGCCACUGAUCCUUCCGAUGCACUGGUUGUCAAAACACAUAUUCCGAAUUUCCAGGAAAGCAACCUUGUAUGGACGGAUUUCAUGACAGACGGACAGUUUGGUCAGUUCCGUUUUGGCAUUGGACUAAGCCCAGACCUCAGCUCAAACGUGACUGAGGCUACAUCAUCUCUCCUGCAUAUCAGGGCUUCCGAGAAGCUUUUUGUGACUGUGACCGCAGAGACCAACAGGAGUGAUGUCAGGCUGGUCAUUACAUCAUGCAAGCUUGUGAGCAAGAAGAACAAGACAAAGUCCUACUUCAUCCAGGACGGGUGUUUAGAUAACAAAAUGGUCGAGAAUAUCUCAAGGGAAGACACGAAGAUGGUCUUCACACUGCAUCUCUCAGGAGUAGCUCAGCUUUCUGGUCCCUCCAUGGUGUUUAUAAGCUGUGAAGUAAAGCUCUGCCUGGCUUCUAACCACUCCGGGGCCUGCGGUUCUUACUGUCCUGUACAGUUGUUCUCUGAACAACCCAUAGGACCCCUGCUGGAAACGAGAACCUACCAUAUCUUCGCCAAACCAGUCUGUGUGACUCAGAAGACAAGGAAAAAAACCACCCCAAACUAUGCGGCAGUGGUGAUCGGCAUGGUUCUCGGUGGCACCGUUUUGGCCGUGGUGCUUUUGCUUGUGAGGAAAUCGUUUUCUGGUUUGCGCCGGAGGAACAUCCUAAUGGAUCUGUGACCAAGAUGGUGGUC